AGGUGCAGGUGCCAGCGCUAGGCAGCCCGGCCGGCAGACGCACGCACGCACCAACGUACGCACGCACGCCCCCUCUGCUUUAGCUCCCGGGCAGGCGAGUUUGCGUCUGCUAUUCCGCAGAGCCAGGCGGGAGGCAGCGGGUUUAGUGGAAGGCGGCCGAGCAGCGACCCGCUGCUGCUCUCCCCUUUCGCCUCGCGGACCCGACCUUCGAGUUUCCGCGCGGCAUGAACCGGGUCCAACGAGGUGGAGGAAGCAGUGGCAGCGGGGGAAGCCACGGCCUCGGCACUAUGGAAGUGAAGAGCAAGUUUGGUGCAGAGUUCCGACGGUUUUCUUUGGAGAAAUCAAAGCCUGGCAAAUUUGAGGAAUUCUAUGGAUUACUUCAGCAUGUUCACAAAAUACCCAAUGUUGAGGUCUUAGUUGGAUAUACAGACAUUCAUGGAGAUCUCCUACCAAUUAAUAAUGAUGACAACUACCACAAAGCAGUCUCUACUGCUAAUCCUUUGCUUCGGAUUUUUAUUCAGAGGAAAGAAGAUGCAGACUAUAGUGCCUUUGGAACAGAUACCAUGACAAGGAAGAAAAACGUCUUAUCCAAUGUGCUGCGUCCUGAUAACCAUAGGAAAAAGCCACACAUUGUUAUUAGCUUGCCACAAGACUUCAGGCCAGUGUCUUCUAUUAUUGAUGUGGACAUACUUCCAGAAACUCAUCGCCGAGUACGGCUUUAUAAAUAUGGAACUGAGAAGCCUCUAGGAUUUUAUAUACGAGAUGGCUCUAGUGUCAGAGUAACCCCUCAUGGGCUAGAAAAAGUUCCUGGUAUAUUCAUAUCCAGGCUGGUUCCUGGAGGUCUGGCUCAAAGCACAGGUUUACUGGCUGUUAAUGAUGAAGUCCUAGAAGUGAACGGUAUAGAAGUUUCAGGAAAAAGCCUCGAUCAAGUUACAGAUAUGAUGAUUGCCAACAGUCGUAAUCUGAUAAUUACGGUGAGACCAGCAAACCAGAGGAACAAUGUUGUUAGGAACAGCCGGACUUCUGGUAGCUCAGGACAGUCUACUGAUAACAGCCUUCCAAGUUACACUCCACACAUUGUGCCACGCUACCAACCUGAGGAAGAAGACAGUGAUGAAGAUGAUAUAAUCAUUGAAGAUAAUGGGGAGCCACAGCAAAUUCCAAAAGCUGCUCCAUCCAGUGAAAGUCUGGAUUCACUGACACAAACUGAGACCCACCAUGAGCCAAUGCAGAAUGGCUUCAUUUCUUCCAGAGAAGUCAACUUGUACUGUUCAACAAGCAACAUUAAUGUGGAAUUUAAAAUUCAGGGUUCUGACCAAAAGACCUUAGAAGAAGAUGGGACAAUCAUCACAUUGUGAAAGUGCUUCAGUUGCUUUUUCAAAUUAAGAGGCCAAAAACUAUACCUGCUUGGCGGCACCUAUACAGUACAUACCUCUCAAUUACUAUAUUUCAGUGGCUUUUUAUAGUAACAGAAUGGAGUUGUGAUUCACUUCAUCUGUUCCAUUUUGAAAUUAGCUGAGUAAUAUUUUUUUGAAACAUGGGCUGGCUCUCAUCUUACAUGUUUAAGACAGAAUAAAGGUGUGAUGUCCUUUUUCCAUUUUUGUUUCUUAUCAUGGGUCUGUCUGCAUAUUUGUAUUUCAUUGCACACAUCUUGAACUCAAAUGAGAUCCAGCCCAGAGAAUGCCUUAUUUUAACCUAAAAAUAUUAAUAAAAGUAAUUAAAUAUGAGAUACCAACAUUUUAACCUGUGUCCCAAUAUGUAUUAAUUAAAAAUUUACAGAAUGAUUUAUCAUAGCAUAUCUAAUAAUUUCGGUUUUCAUAAAUCUUAAUGCAACUAUUCACACAACUAUACUUUGGAUUUACUAAUGGAAUGGUUAGUUGGGAGGUAUAACUAUUGUGGUUGUUUUUAAUUUAUGAAUCUUUGUAUUGUGAUUUAUUCCUUGUGCUGGAGGAAUAAAUUUCUACUGGAUAAGGCAACUUACUGAAAGCCAGUUAAAUUGUUCCCUUAGGUCAGGGGUCUUCAAACUUGGCCCUUUUAUGACUUGUGGACUUUAACUCUCAGAAUUCCUCAGCCAUCGUGUGUGGCUGAGGAAUUCUGAGAGUUGAAGUUCACAAGUCACAAAAGGGCCAAGUUUGAAGACCCCUGCCUUAGGACUAUCACUUACAAUUAUCUACCCAUUCAGUGAAAAAUGAUGUGAUCAAAAAUAUUGCAGUAUAACCCAACUCCACUAAAGCAACGGGAUUUUCUGUUGACUUUAGUGGUUGUUGCAGAAUGUGGUAUCAGGACCUGGUGUCUUUGAGCAGCUGCAAGACCCAUUCUUUUUAUCUUGCUCCCCACCCCUACCUGUUUUUUAAUAUUCAGAACUAGAAUUAACCUAACCUAACCCACUUUAGGUCAUUCAAUGGAAUUAAGAGAAUUUUGAGAAUGCUCAUUGCUGCUUGGAGCACUACCAGUACAGCCCAGGUGAGCAAACAACUUCCUUAAAGAAGAGCAGAUCCAUUACAGAACCAUUUGCCCAGAAGGCUACCAAGCCAAGAAGUUGACUGGGUUUUUUUUUUUUAUUAUAUCUAUAAUGUGAAUGCUUUUUGUGGUGUUUUUAAUUCCAAAUGCAAGUUCUAAGAAUAGAUUUGGCAAUCAGGUAUCUUAUAUACAGACUUGUUUUUAACGAUUAGAAGUAUCUUCUACAGUGGAAGAGAUCUUUAAAGAAGACAAAGUGUAUAAUCAGGAACAUGGGAAAUAUAAUUUGAACUUCUUUCCCUUUGACAAAAGGCUUUUUUAAAAUAUAAAGCUCUAAGCAAAGGAAAUUUUAUAUUUAACCUUUAUAUCUUUUUUCUUUAUGUAGUUGUGAUUGAGGAACAAUCCAGAAUUGCAGGAAAAAUUAUUCCACAAUAGAAAUUACUGUGUGUAUGUUUGGUACUACUGUGAAUUAGCUUGAUGAAUUAUAUUAUAGAUGUUAAACUUUUAACUGUCAUGGAAGCAUGGAAUCCAAACCUUUAGUGAAAGAACUGGAUGUUAAUUUAUUGUGGAAAUUUAUUGGUUUCCGUGUUGCUUAACUUCUUGAUUCUGGUUUUUUGACAUUUCUGUAAAUAUUCUGAUUAUGUUUUAUCAUUUUGCAUCUAUUGUAUUUACAAUUACAGCGUUAAAGAAAUGUUUAUUAUGUACUGUGCUUAAUUUCCAUUCCUUAAGAUUGUAGCCUCAGUCAGGUAGCUUGUAUUAUCAGAGGACUGUGUAUGUUAUACAGUAAAUAUAUAUUGUACAUAAAUAUGCACACACAUGUGUAUGUGUGUGUACCUGUAAAAACAUCCUUGUUUUUGAAGCAGCAUCAUGUUUAAGAAAACCAGAGCUCUUUUUUGAGUUUGGCAAAAUCUUUGAACUCUAUAGAGGGAGAGAGGCUAGUGCUUCUUGCUACUAAAAUGACAGGCUGCAUCACAUAUUAUUACAAUGUAAUGCAGUUGCCAGGAUGACAGAACUAUAGCGAGAUUUAUGACUACCGUGUUCUUACUGAAUCUUCAAAAAAUCAAGCUGUUUAAACAUAAUAUACGUAUUAGCUUGAGAUGUAUAACUAUAGAGAAAGAUCUCAGUCGUAGUACUGAGCUUCAAUAUACAAUAACUGACAUAGACUUCUACAUACUACCUCUAAACUUUUUAUCAGCUAGCAUCGGGGAGAAGCAGAAGGGGCAGUUUUUCAAGCUCAGCAACUUUAAGAUAGGUGGACUUAAAACUGGCUGGGGAAUUCUGGGAGUUGAAGUCCACACAUCUUAAAGAUGCAGAUCAUUGGACUAGAGAGAGAUACCUAGGGGGUUGACCUGCGUGCAACUUUUAACACACACACACACACCAAAAAGGGUAAGAUAUUUGGUCUGCAAAGCGCCCUGGUUUUCUCCUAGAUAUUUUAUAUAUGCAUCACAUUCAGCUUUUUAUUAAAGCUUCUCUAUUAUACGUAAUAGUGAAUAAUUGUAUUGUUUCAUCAGAGAAUCAAAACUCUCUUUAGAUCUUUUAAUCCUUUAAGAAAGAUGAAAAUUUUAAGCCUCUUCCCCUGUAGUUUGGAAUCAGAUUAGCCUCUUAAGUGCACCUUAUCUGAACAAAAGCAAAAUGUGGCUACAAUGAUACACUUUUUGGGAGUUGCUUUUUCAGCUCCAGAUGAAGUCAAGCUAAACUGUGAAAUCUUUGUUCUUCCAUAAGUGUGUUGUGUAGGAUUUUGUCAUGUACUGUUCCGACUUACACAUUUUCUAAUUAAAAACUUUAUGCAACAUAA